AUGGCUACUCGGUUCUCCUCAGAUACGGCUGUUGCAAUGCAAAAAGUAUUGGAUCAGGCUACUUCUGGCGCAUCUCCCAGUAUCCCCGGACUGAUUUAUUGUUCCAUUAACCGUGAUGGUGAUAUGCUAUUUCAACAUGCAUCCGGUCGCAGAGGACUAGAUAUCGAUCAACCAAUGUCCCUAGACACCGUUUUCUGGAUGGCAUCUUGCACAAAGCUGAUCACCAGCAUCGCCUGUAUGCAGAUGGUCGAACAGGGCAAGCUAGACCUAGAUAGUGUUCAACAGCUCGAGUCCCUAGCCCCGGAGCUGAAGGCCGUCCAGGUGCUGGAACGGGAUUCGGAUGGUGGAUUUCAUUUAGUACCGAAGGAACGGGGAAUCACGCUGCGAAUGCUCUUGAAUCAUACUUCUGGGUUUGGAUACGCAUUCGAAGACCUGAAGCUCAACGACUGGUCUCGCCCGGUCGGCUUAGAUGACUUUUCUGGACAUGAAGCGGACGUGCUCCAUCGACCACUUGUCAACCAGCCAGGAACUAAAUUCCAGUAUGGAGUCGGCAUGGACUGGGCUGGGGUGCUCGUGGAACGCGUUACAGGAAUUUCUCUUGAAGAUUAUUUCCAGCUAUUCAUUCUACGACCGAUAGGCAUUGCAUCUAUCACAUUCUUCCCUUCGCCGAGUCUGAUCGACAAUCUGGCAUAUUUGCAUCAAAGGGCAAAGGAUGGCUCAUUGAGUGUUACUGAUCACCUCUAUCGAUAUCCACUGCUGACACGUAAACCGGGAAAUGAGAGAAAUGCAUUUUGCAUGGGCGGUGCAGGGUGCUUUGGAAAGCCGGUUGAAUUUUGUCGUGGGUUUCUCGUCCAAUUAUUUGCAAAAUCAUAA